GGCUCUUUGUAUUUUACUGUCGAGGUAUCCGUGAUGCAAGCAAGCAGGAGGCGUCUUGAACCAUUUUUAAAUUAGGUGUUGGUUUCAACUUGACUUUCAUCACAUCAUGGACAACGACUCAAUAUUUGGCACUCCUCCAGAGCCAGUUUUUAAUCUUAAGGGAAGUUGUCUGUCUUCGGAACUCCUUGAAGACUUGUUGUAUGUGCAGGCAACGCACAAUGAAAAGACUGCCCAAGCUGCUACCAGUGCAGAUGGGGCUUUCAAGCAAGGCACCAUUGCAGAAAUGAUUUUCCUAAUAUGUGAGAGGUUUAACCAGCCUGCCGAGUCGCGCUAUCUGGCCUUGGACAUUUUCGACAGGUUUAUGAGUGAAUAUGUCCGUGUCCACUAUAAGAAAAUUCAAUCAGGCGAUGAAGACAGACAGAAGAAAGUGAAGACUUGGAAAACCUUCAUGCAGAAACUGAAGAAACAAGUGAAGCUAUUCAUGGUUUCCUGUGUGCAGAUUGCUAGCAAAAUGUGCUCUCAUUAUAAGAUCUUGACAUGUCGUAAGUGCAGUAGAUUUCUUCUAGAUUCAGGUCUUGGUUGUACUUCAACUACCAUCUUAAAGACAGAGCUAACAGUCCUUAAGACCUUAGACUAUAGGGUCUAUGGUCUCUCUCCUCUCACCUACAUCGAGACACUCCUCGAGAUCAUGGGCCACAAUGAUGAGACAACAAGUAUCAAGAUCCUACAUGAGAUCAGUCUGAAAGUCAUGGAUCUUGCCUACCUCAGACGGAACAUUGUGUAUGAAAAACUCUUCCAAGUGGCUACCUGUGAAAGUACUGGUUACCAAGAGGAUAGGGAGAGGUUUGCUUUAGUAGAGCAUGAUGCAAUGUUCUUUGCUUCAGCGAUCAUUGGUGCUGCAUCUUAUGUGAUUGAUAAGAACUCUAGUGACAAGGUCAUUAGCCAUGUUGGUCGGAUCACAUGUACACCAGUAACUGAUAUCCUACAGUUUGCCACAAUCUUAGUGGAAAACAUUCUCUGA